AUGCGUUCGAAGCCUCUCAACGGUCCCAAAGUCAUCAAAGACAACGCUGACGUCCCCAAUAAUAUAAAAUCCUCCCGCAAGAGAGCGGCAAAGAAUGGACGCACUGUAUCCAAACGUGGUGACACUACGGCUCUUGAUACGGAUGCCGACAGCGCAGAUGAUGUAGCAGAAAGUAAAUCCAGCAACGGCGGAAAAGGCGCGAAGACUACGCGUUCUACAAGGUCCAAGAAGAGGCUAGAAGACGAAGAGGAGUAUCAGGACAACGAGGAAGACUCGGAACCCCAGCGAAGUGGCAAGAAAGUUUAUGACAGCGAUGCCCUCGACGAGGAUUCGGACUUCGAGGGCGAUUCAAAUGGCAAGAAGAGAAAGCGGAAGUCGACAGCACGGUCCUCACCAAAGAAAACACGGUCUCCGAAGAAGAGAAAAGUCGAAGAGGAAGAGGAAGAGGACUACGACGAAGACGACCUGCCAGAAGGCACUGAAGUCGUUGGCAAGGUUGUUCAAGCUCCAAAGACGGGACGUGUUCCUCCAGGCCAGAUAUCUCAAAACACACUCGACUUUCUGGGUAAUUUGAAGAAGCCCGAGUGCAAUGAUCGUCAAUGGUUCAAACUGCACGAACCGGUGUACCGACAGGCUGAGCAAGAAUGGAAGGAUUUCGUAGAGGCAUUCACCGAAUCCCUCAUAGAAGUCGAUCCGCACAUUCCGCAUCUCCCCCCAAAAGAUUUCAUCCACCGCAUUUAUCGUGAUAUUCGGUUCAGCAAUGACAAGACACCGUACAAGACGAAUUUCUGGUCAACCUUUACCAGAAGUGGAAGGAAAGGAAACUUUGCUGGGUACCACAUAUCAGUUCAACCAGGAAAUGAAAGUCUCAUCGCUGCAGGCAUCUGGUGCCCAGCUCGUAACGAAUUGAACACGAUUAGGGCGAACAUCCAACGAAAUCCUCGACGGCUGCGCAGGAUCAUAUCUUCCCCCGAGUUUGUCGAACAUUUCGGUAAAGCUAAGCCCCAUCCGAAAGGGAAGCAGCAGAACAUCUUCGGGCAAGACGGCGAACUGAAGACGGCUCCGAAGGGCGUUGACAAAGAUCACAAGGAUAUCGACCUCCUGAAAUGCCGUUCCUUCUGCGUCGUCCAACGCUUUAAGGACAGUGAGGCAUUAUCGCCUGAUUUCAAGGACCAACUGGCGCGGGUUGCCAAAGUGAUGCAGCCCUUCGUACAUUGCCUCAACGACAUGAUGACGAUUAUGAGUGCCGACGAUGAGGACGACGAUGAUGAAGAGCAAGGGGAAGGACAAGCUGACGAAGAUUGA